AAAUGUACAGAGAAACAGGUGGGGGCAACCAGCGAGAGAUAAGGGGCCAGGGUAUAAAAAGGGCCCACAGGAGACCAGCUCCAGGAUCCCAAGGCCCAACUCCCCGAACCUCUCAGGGUCCUGUGGACAGCCCACCUAGCUGCAAUGGCUGCAGGCUCCCGGACAUCCCUGCUCCUGGCUUUUGCCCUGCUCUGCCUGCCCUGGCUUCAAGAGGGCAGUGCCUUCCCAACCAUUCCCUUAUCCAGGCUUUUUGACAACGCUAUGCUCCGCGCCCAUCGCCUGCACCAGCUGGCCUUUGACACCUACCAGGAGUUUGAAGAAGCCUAUAUCCCAAAGGAACAGAAGUAUUCAUUCCUGCAGAACCCCCAGACCUCCCUCUGCUUCUCAGAGUCUAUUCCGACACCCUCCAACAGGGAGGAAACGCAGCAGAAAUCCAACCUAGAGCUACUCCGCAUCUCCCUACUGCUCAUCCAGUCGUGGCUGGAGCCCGUGCAGUUCCUCAGGAGUGUGUUUGCCAACAGCCUGGUGUAUGGCACCUCAGACAGCGACGUCUAUGACCUCCUAAAGGACCUAGAGGAAGGCAUCCAAACGCUGAUGGGGAGGCUGGAAGAUGGCAGCCCCCGGACUGGGCAGAUCUUCAAGCAGACCUACAGCAAGUUUGACACAAACUCACACAACAAUGAUGCACUGCUCAAGAACUACGGGCUGCUCUAUUGCUUCAGGAAGGACAUGGACAAGGUCGAGACAUUCCUGCGCAUCGUGCAGUGCCGCUCUGUGGAGGGCAGCUGUGGCUUUUAGAUGCCUGGGUGGCAAUCUGUGACUCCUCCCCAUUGCCACUCCUGGCCAUGGAAGGUGCCACUCCAGUGUCCAACAGCCUUGUCCUAAUAAAAUUAAGUUGCAUCAUUU